UCUGUCUUGCUAUAGAGAAGCUCUAGCAGCAGUUCCCAGGCAAGCAGUGUGAUCCGUGUUUGCAUACUGCUAGUUUAUGCUGUGAAGAACGCGCAGUCCAUGUGCUCUUUAUGGAUGCUGAUGCUGCCCUGAUUCUCUGGAAGGAAGAAAGAACAUGUCCAGCUCUCAGCAUGACCCUUUUUAUUCCUCUCCCUUUGGUCCUUUUUACAGAAGACAUACUCCGUACAUGAUACAGCCAGAGUAUCGCAUAUAUGAGAUGAACAAGAGGCUGCAGUCUCGUACAGAGGAUAGUGACAAUCUUUGGUGGGAUGCCUUUACAACAGAAUUUUUUGAAGAUGAUGCAACGUUAACACUGUCAUUUUGUUUAGAAGAUGGACCAAAGAGAUACACAAUUGGAAGGACUCUCAUUCCUCGAUACUUUAGCACAGUGUUUGAAGGGGGUGUCACUGAUCUCUAUUACAUUCUCAAGCACUCCAAAGAAUCCUACCACAACUCAUCCAUCACCGUGGACUGUGAUCAAUGUACCAUGGUCACUCAGCAUGGGAAACCCAUGUUCACCAAGGUGUGCACUGAAGGCCGUCUCAUCCUGGAGUUCACAUUCGACGAUCUCAUGAGAAUAAAGACAUGGCACUUUACCAUUAGACAAUACAGAGAAUUAGUACCUCGCAGCAUUUUAGCCAUGCAUGCGCCAGACCCCCAGGUCCUGGAGCAACUUUCCAAAAACAUCACUAGAAUGGGCCUAACCAAUUUCACCCUCAACUACCUCAGGUUGUGUGUAAUACUGGAGCCAAUGCAAGAGUUAAUGUCCAGACACAAAACGUAUAACCUAAGCCCUCGGGAUUGCCUGAAAACCUGUCUAUUCCAGAAAUGGCAGCGCAUGGUAGCACCACCAGCAGAACCAACAAGACAGACAACCACCAAAAGGCGGAAAAGGAAAAACUCCACCAGCAGCACAGCAAACAACACAAACAGCACAUAUACGAAGAAGAAAAUACCAACUGCAAAAUUCAGCCUUUCACAUCAGAGUCCCCUCACAUCAAAAAAAUGCAUAGGAGAUAAGACACGGGUCAGGAGGAAUUAUCGUGGAAUACGGAACGGUUUGGAUGUGAUGGUGGUAGGAGAACCAACAUUGAUGGGAGGCGAAUUUGGAGACGAAGAUGAAAGGCUUAUCACUAGACUAGAAAACACACAAUAUGAUGCCGCUAAUGGUAUGGAUGAUGAAGAAGACUUCAACAACUCUCCUGCACUGGGAAACAAUAGCCCCUGGAACAGCAAACCACCUGUAAAUCAAGAAACCAAAUCGGAGAACCCAGCACAAGUUUCCCAAUAGGCCACCAAACUAUCCGAAAACUUGAUACUGCACAAGACAAGUGUCUACAAAUGAUGGCAUUGUUUUCUUUAGAAUAAUUAUACUAGGUUAUAGUUAUUUCAAACAAGAACUUUCUACAAAGAUACCUAUUUCUUAAAAGCCUUUGAUCCGGUAUUUUUAAGUCAUACUUGUGGAAAUUAUACAUUGUCUGGUCAAGGGAUUCUUUGCUGUUUGUGAUACGUUGUUGCAAAGCCAUGAGGUAAAACAAAUUAAGGGUCAUUUUUGAAUCAGUAAAAAAGAAGUACAGAGAGCAUGCACUUUGCAUAAAUAAGUCUUUCUGUUUCCAAAGAG